AUGAUGGGGUGGUGUUGCUCAGGCAUAUGCAGAGCCCUGGCUCUCCUGGCGCUCCUGUUUCCCUUGCGGGAGAGGGGCUGCUGGGGGCUGAAUCCUAGCUCUGGGGAUCUGGAGAAGUCCCCACACUCUGAUCCAGACCCCUGGGAGGUCCUGCACAGGCACAAACGCAGCUGGGUAUGGAACCAGUUCUUCGUAUUGGAGGAGUACACAGGAAAUGAACCACUCUAUGUCGGCAAGCUACAUUCAGAUGUGGACAAAGGAGACGGCAAGGUCAAGUAUGUGCUGUCUGGCGAGGGCGCCACCUCCAUCUUCACCAUUGAUGAGAACACGGGGGACAUCCACGCCACAAAGCGCCUCGAUCGGGAGGCGCAAGCCUACUACACCCUCCAGGCUCAAGCCGUAGACCGACUCACCAAUUUACCUGUGGAGCCCAGGUCUGAAUUUGUGGUCAAGGUCCAGGACAUCAAUGACAACGAGCCAAAGUUUCUUGAUGGACCGUACUUGGCGGGGGUGCCGGAGAUGUCACCCUUAGGAACAAUGGUGGUGCAAGUGGCAGCCACUGAUGCAGAUGACCCAACGUACGGGAACAGCGCCAGGGUGGUGUACAGCAUCAUCCACGGACAGCCCUACUUCUCAGUGGAGCCCAAGACAGGUGUCAUCAGAACAGCUCUUCCCAACAUGGACCGGGAGACGAGGGACCAGUAUGUUCUCGUCAUCCAGGCCAAAGACAUGGUCGGCCAGAUGGGCGGCCUCUCCGGCACCACCUCCGUCACAGUCACGCUGACAGAUGUCAAUGACAACCCGCCUCGGUUCGCUCACAAGAACUAUCAGUACACGGUGCUGGAGUCACUGCCGGUGCAAUCUGUGGUGGCCAGAAUCAAAGCGGCGGAUGCUGAUAUAGGCUCCAACGCAGAGAUGGACUACAGGAUCAUGGACGGCGACGGGCCCGGCAUAUUCAACAUAACAACAGAUGAGGACACACAAGAUGGGAUCAUCAUCCUUCUAAAGCCUCUAGACUUUGAAACAAAGAGCAGCUUUUCUCUGCGAAUCGAAGCCACAAACAGGAAUAUUGACUCCAACUUCUUGAGUCUGGGACCAUUUAGCGACACAACAUCUGUCAAGGUGACAGUGGAAGAUGUGAACGAGCCACCGGUCUUUUCCACGCCGCUUAGCAGGAUGGUUGUUUCGGAGGACGCCAAAGUGGGCACCUCGAUUGGGAGAGUCUCUGCCCAUGACCCUGACACCUCCAACAAUGCCAUCAGGUACUCCAUUGACCGAAACACAGACUUGGAGCGUUUCUUUAACGUGGACGCUCUAAGUGGGGUCAUCAGCACAGCCAAGCUGCUGGACCGAGAGGCCAACUCGGUGCAUAACCUCACCAUCUUUGCCAUCGAGAGCCAGGACCCAACCCAAAUUGGAAAAGGCAUCUCUCUCAUCACAGUGCUGGACAUAAACGACAAUGCCCCGGUGUUCGCCAUAGACUACGAAACCCUCCUCUGUGAAAACGCCAUGCCGGGACAGGUGAUCCAGACCAUCAGCGCGGUGGAUAAGGACGAACCCCUGAGCGGCCACCGCUUUUAUUUCUCCCUGGAUGCACCUGUUGCCGGCAACCUCAACUUCACUCUGCGAGAUAACAAAGGUGCAACAAAUAACUUUAACCUUAGCACACAGGCUGGAACCUGUCUUUACAACACGGCGUCCGUACUGACGAAGCGAGGGGGUUUCAGGAGACGGGAGCAACCUGUGUAUCGGCUGCCUGUGCUGAUAGUAGACAGUGGAAGUCCUGCCCUCAGCAGCACGAACACGCUCUCAGUGCGGGUGUGCGACUGCGACUCUGACGGCGUGGCCUUGUCUUGUGGAGCCGUGGCCUACACUGCGACCGGCCUCAGCACCGGCGCCCUCCUGGCUAUUUUAGGCUGCAUCAUCACACUUCUGGUGAUGGUUCUGCUAAUUGUGACGAUGCGUCGGAGGAGGAAGGAGCCCUUGAUCCUUGAGGAGGAGAGGGACAUCAGAGAGAACAUCGUCCGUUACGAUGACGAGGGCGGGGGAGAGGAGGACACGGAGGCCUUCGACAUGGUUACCCUCCGCAACCUGAACGUCAUCAGAGACCCCAACGUGCGGCGAGAUGUCACACCGGACACCCCCACCUUCUUUCAUUACCCAUCGGCCACCCGCCCGUCUUAUAAAUCCCUGCCGGACAACGUGGUGUUUCGAGAGUUUAUUUGGGAGCGGCUUAAGGAUGCUGACGUGGACCCUUCGGCUCCCCCGUAUGACUCUCUGCAGACAUACGCUUUUGAAGGCAGCGGCUCCGUAGCGGAGUCGCUAAGCUCUCUGGAGUCACUAAGUACAGACUCAGAUCAGAACUAUGACUAUCUGAGCAACUGGGGACCUCGCUUCAAAAAGCUGGCCGACCUGUAUGGCAACAGUGACGGCGCCAGCGUCUUCUCAUAG